UUGCGGUGCGGGCGGCAGCCACCGUUGAGGCCAGCCGGCCACUGGCGGCGUCUGCAGCUCGGCGCGUCGCGGCCUCUCCCUUGCUGGGCGCCGCCGGCAUCUUGGCAAGGGCGCAUCGGCGUCCGGCGCUGCGGCGGCGGCCGGCGGCGCAGCGACCAUCGGCCAGGAGGCAGGAGCAAGCGGCCAGCGGCGCACGGCCGCACGAGCACAGAGCACUGGCGCAAGCGCAAGGAGCAGGACUGCAGGAGCAGCCUGCAUGCCAACUGGCCAAGUCCCCAAGUGGCCAACUGCGUUGAGAUUAACAGCCAAGGUCAAAGCCGAUACUGCACAGACGACAUACAGCCGAACGACAUAUCCAACGGUGCACCGGUGCUGCUGCCGUGCGACGUAUGGUGUGAUCUCCAGCGUCGUCCACAAAUCGUCUAUUAGCGUCGUGUGUAUAGCAGUGCUGUUCGACUUGUAGUUCCUUUCCCAGUAAUCCUCCUUCCACUCCAAGUCCUGGUCGGCUCCGACAGCGCGAUUCCUUCCUCCUGGCGCUGCAUAUAGAUCCGUAUAUAGAUCCGUGGACAGAGCAAACGUCGAUCGUCUGUCCUUACGGGCUACUGGCGCUGCAGCGGCGGCUCUCAUGGCGCAGGGCGACGAUCACCGGAAAAUCAUUGCCCCGAAUGGAUCGGUUGCUUCAGCGAAUAAAAGAAAAGGUUCGCCCUGUCAGCAAGAUGGCGAUCCUUAUUUUCUAAAAAAAAACGGUGAUGGUGAUUCUCAAGCUGGCGGAACAACAAUGGGAUGCUCACUCCCGUACCUUCCAGAGGAUAUCUGGCAUCAUGUCCAUUCUCUAAUGCCACUGCGUGAUGCUGCUCGUGCUGCUUGCCUGUCGCAUGCCUUUCUACGAUCCUGGAGGUGUUAUCCCAACCUCACCUUCAAUGAGGAUGCACUUAGGCCUGAAGGAUGUAGGUACAGUGGUCGUUUCAAAGACGCAGUUGACUGUAUUAUGAGAAAUCACUCAGGCAUUGGUGUGAAGAUAUUGGAGCUCCGACCAUUUUGUAUCGCUUAUGACAAUCUUAAAAGGUGGCUUCGGGUUGCUGUUAAACCAGGGAUUGAAGAACUCAACCUUACGAUUUGGCAUCCAUUAAAAGAGAACUGCAAGUUUCCCAGAUCGCUUUUAUCUGAUGGGGUUAGGAACUCACUUCGGUGUCUUAAACUUGGUCGUUGUACCUUCCAACCCACAGCUGAACUCGGCCCCUUUCUAAACCUAACAAGUCUACGUCUUACACAUGUGCGUAUUACGGAGGAUGAGUUACAGGGUCUUCUUUCGAAUUCUCUUGCUUUAGAGAAGUUGGAACUGAUUGGGUGCAAGGGAAUAAUUUGCCUGAGGAUACCUUGUGAGCUUCAGCACUUCAGCUGCCCGAGGACUUCUGGAUGCAUGAGUCUGAAAUUGAUAGAGUGCAAAGCUCCAAAUCUCUCCACUUUAGUCUUUUGCGGAAAACCAAAACUAUUGCUUGGAGAAGCUUUGCAAAUGAAGACAUUACGCAUAUCACGUUCAGGUGUUAUCUGUUAUGCUCGUACUGAGCUGCCAUCCAUUAUGCCAAAUCUCGAUACUCUUUACUUAUGUUCCAGUGACGAGGUGGUCGAUACACCAAUGCUGCCUACCAGAUUCCUCUGCCUCAAGCACCUGACCAUUUAUCUGAUAUCAGGACCCUCGCCUUAUGACUAUUUUUCUCUGGUUUCUUUCCUUGAAGCAUCUCCUUCCUUGGAGACUUUGAGCUUGGAUGUGUUGAAGAAACCUAUGGAUAAUGAAACAGUUUUUGGACAAUUCCCACAUUUGAGGCAGAUGACUGAAGAUCGGCAUUGCCACCUCAAGAAUGUGAAGAUCACAGGGUUCAGCUCUGCAAAAGGCUUGGUUGAGCUAACCUGUUAUAUCCUCAAGAACGCAGUGUCACUCGAGUUUCUUACAUUGGACACCAAUUGUGGUUCUACUAGCAGGUGUUCUGACAAUGGAAUUGGGCGGUGCCCCUCCAAGGGCAACGGUCUAAGGGAAGCUUGUAGAGUGCUUCGGGCUAUUAGAACAUACAUUGAGAAUAAAGUUCCUGAAAGAGUUAAGUUUACUGUUGUGGAUCCUUGUAGCCGAUGCCAUAAGUAGUCAUAAUCACUUGCAUCAUGUAUGAUAUUCCUAAUUUAAUUUAAUGUACCAUGAUGUGUUUCUUGAUCAA